AUGGCCGUGAAUAAUGUAAAGAAAUUGGUUUACUCGAGUUCCUGUACAAUUUACGGUAAUCCCGCUAAGCUGCCCUUGACCGAACAAGCUGAGACUGGUAACUGUACCAAUCCAUACGGCUGGACCAAAUAUAUCGGGGAAUUGAUGCUCCAGGAUCUUGCGAAUUCGGACCCCGAGUGGUCAGUGAUAAACCUGCGUUACUUUAACCCAGUUGGAGCUCAUAAAUCGGGUCUUAUAGGGGAAGAUGCGGGAUCCUGCCCGAAGAACAUUUUCCCUUGUCUUACGAAGACGGCCUAUGGCCGUAUGCCUGAGGUUCUGGUAUUCGGAAACGACUACAACACCCCGGACGGCACAGGUAAGCGUCAUGGCCAGUCCUGA